AUGCAACGUGUAUGUUUUUGUAAAACAGUUUCUUUAUUUAAUCAUGUUUUACAACCAAGUCAAGCAAUAGCACUUUUUUAUCAAUCAUUCAUAUUUUCAUUAAAAAAUCUUGCACUUAUUCGAUGGAUUAGUUCAACAAUUGAUAUACCAACUGGUUUACAAUUACUUAUGAUUGAUAUUAAUGGCAAUGUUACAAUUGAUGAUGACUUAUUUUAUAAACAAAUUUUAAAAUGGAUAAGUCGAAUUGUAUUACGAUCAGCAAGUGAUUGUUCAAUAUCAUCAAAGUCAGAUCGUUCAAUAGACUUUGAAUUCUUCAAUGAUUUUCUUAAACAAUUUCAUACAUGUACAAAUGAUGAUCGAUCAGCAUUGUCAGAUGAUGAUGAAGGAAUUAGUAGUGAUGAUCUUGAUGAUGAAGAUAUUAGUCGAAGAGCUAUUCAUAGAGCUUUAAUGGUACAUAUCGUUUGA